AUGGACGGAAUCGUUGAAGCUGCCGACGCCGUUUUUGGCGAGCGUGUCAGAGUGUUCCAGGAGUUUCUGGACGCAGACCUCGACUCACAAACAGACUACAAAGAUGCCAUCAAACUCAUGUUGCAAAAAGGCGAGCGUCGUCUUGCCGUGUCGAUCGACGAGUUACGUGAAUUUAAUGCGGACUUUGCCAACGGACUAUUGAACCACCCGGCCGACUAUCUGCCUGCUGCAGAGACGGCUCUAAGAGAAACGGUUUUGGCCCUUUUCAAUGCCUACGAGUACACGCAGAUGGAGGUGACACAGGACUCUGACUUCUAUCUGGCUUUCCGCGGCGCUUUCGGAGCUCAUCAGCUCACCCCUCGCUCUAUCAACUCCUCUUUCCUGUCCAAGAUGGUUUCUGUGGAAGGAAUUGUGACUCGCGCUUCUCUUAUUCGCCCCAAGAUUAUAAAAUCUGUGCACUACUGUGAGGCCACAGAAAAAUUCCACGCCAGAGAAUACCGCGACCAAACCACGAGUUUCAACCCAAUCACCACCUCGGCCAAUUAUCCGACAGAGGACCCGGACGGAAACAAGCUGAUAACCGAGUACGGCUACUCCAAGUACAGAGACCACCAAACUGUCGCUAUCCAAGAAUUGCCCGAAUUUGCGCCUGCUGGUCAGUUGCCACGUUCGGUGGAUGUCAUUUUGGAUGACGAUCUGGUCGACAAAGUCAAGCCGGGCGACAGAGUGCAGGUGAUCGGUGUGUUCCGGUCGCUAGGAGGCGGACAGAAUAACAGCUCGGCGUUCAAAGUGGUCAUUCUGGGCAACUCUCUAUACCCAUUACAUGCCCGGUCCUCGUCUGUUCAGGCUGUUGAGAAAAUUACCGACUACGAUAUUAGAGACAUCAACAAGCUCGCCAAAAAGAAAGAUAUUUUCGAAAUCAUGUCUCAAUCCCUUGCUCCGUCCAUCUACGGCCACGAGUAUAUCAAAAAAGCUGUUUUGCUGAUGCUUCUUGGAGGAGAAGAGAAGAACCUGCCCAACGGCACACAUUUGCGUGGAGAUAUCAACCUGCUGCUGGUCGGUGAUCCGUCCACGGCCAAGUCGCAGAUCCUGCGGUUUGUGCUCAACACUGCCUCCUUGGCCAUUGCCACCACUGGUCGUGGUUCCUCUGGUGUUGGUUUGACAGCUGCGGUGACCACCGACAAAGAGACUGGCGAGAGACGGCUGGAAGCCGGUGCGAUGGUUCUCGCAGACAGGGGAGUGGUGUGUAUCGACGAGUUCGACAAGAUGAGUGACGUCGACCGUGUGGCGAUCCACGAAGUUAUGGAGCAACAGACCAUCACAAUUUCGAAAGCAGGGAUCCAUACCUCGCUAAAUGCCAGAUGUUCGGUGAUUGCUGCUGCCAACCCGGUCUACGGCCAGUACGACACUUUCAAGUCGCCGCAACAGAAUAUUGCGCUUCCCGAUUCGCUGCUCUCACGUUUCGAUUUGCUGUUUGUGGUGACAGACGAGAUCUCCGACGAAAGAGACAGACAGAUCAGUGAGCACGUGCUGCGGAUGCACAGGUAUCUUCCGAACGGUUACGCGGAGGGUGAGCCGAUCAGAGAGCGUCCUGCCGUGACUCUGGCUGUUGGUGACCGGCCUUUGGAGCCAGAGGAAGAAAACACCGAUGUUUUCGAAAAGUUCAAUCCGCUACUCCACGCGGGAGCUGCUGAGGCCUCGAAGGGCAAGACGCCGCAGAUAGUGACGAUACCGUUUUUGAAGAAGUACAUCCAGUACGCUAAGCAGAGAAUUCAUCCUGUUUUGACCAAAAAUGCCACAAACAUGAUUGUGGACAUCUACGCCGAGUUGCGGAACGACGACAACACCAAGAACGCCAGAACUACGCCGAUCACGGCAAGAACGCUCGAGACUUUGAUCAGACUGUCUACCGCGCACGCCAAGGUGCGUCUAUCACAGACCGUGGACUUGAAAGACGUGAAGGUGGCACAGGAACUGCUGAGAUUUGCUCUGUUCAAAGAGAAAAUGAGCAAGCGCAACGCACCGCAGAAAAAGAAGCGUAAGGUCGACGUUGACGUUCUGGCAGAGAGCGAGAGCGACGAGGAGAGCGAGUUCGGGUCUGAGGCCGAGGCCGACGAGGUUAUCGGCAACAAGAUCUUGACAAGAAGACAGAAGGCGUUGCAGCAGAUCCACGAGGACCAGCAGGUGGACGAGCACGAGAUGGAGGAUCUGGCCAGAGACGUCGAGUCGCAGCAUCUGGGAGAGGUUCCGGUUUCGCGGGCCGUCAAUACUGUGGGUCUUUCGCCGGCCAGAUACGAGUUAUUCAAGAAGACUGUUUCUUCAGUGUUCAUGGCGAACUCUGGCGUUGAGGAGUUCAAGAGCGAUGCUUUGCUACAGAUGGUUAACGCCGAGCUGUCACAGGAGGAUCAGUUCACUGUGCAGGAGGCGGAAAGAGCGAUUGAUCGGAUGGAGGCCGAGAAUAUUGUGAUGGCCAGUGAGGGCAGUAUAUGGAGAAUCUAA